AUGCCAUCGUCAAGCACCUCCGAAGGCGCCCCCCUCGCCGAUUACUUCUGGAUAGCCGGCGUGGAUGGUACUGAGAUCCUGGACACCUUCCAGAGAUUGGGAGAAGAUUACCGUGCCAACGGUGCCGCAUCACCAGGCCCUGCGCUCGCCGACACAAUUCAGGAGGAUGCCGAUGCGGAGGAGGAACACAACCCGGAUGGGGUCUCCCGGCCAAACUCGAUGCUAUUCACCGGCCCUAGCCACAGGGGUUCUGCCCAACGAUUAUCCACGCUCUCCAAAACCUCAGAGGGAACAAAUGGGGCUGGCAGUAAUAGUAACCGGAGCAGCAUGACCGUCAAGGGUGCCUCUUCGCCCCUGCGUGCCUCGGCUCUGUUCUCUGAGGACUUCGAUUUCGACUCUGCGCUGUUCAAGUUCGCCAACGAGCGGGAAUCCUUCCUAACCGACUUAAGCUUGAGCGCUGGCGCUAUUACUCCGAAUACCCGCCCGCGAUCUAGGGUUCGUACACAGAAGAUCGUCUCCGACGAUUCGCCCUCGCCUGGCGGUAACUUGCUGAGGUCGGGUAUUGGGAGCGUGCGACGAUCCUUUCGGGAUAUGAACAGUAUGAAACGACAGCCGUCAAUCGCUCGUCAAGCUUCGGUGCGAACUUCUCGGCGACUUAGCAACUACAACUCGGUAAUCCCUGUCCCUCAACCCCUCGAAAUAUCCCCUACAAUGCACCCGUUGAAACGACGAUUCGAGCCCGUUCUCCUCGACCGAUACCCCACGCGCGGCAUGCCGGACGAGACGAAGCAGCGCGGCAAUUUCCCCGACUAUGUCCCUAUGUUUGCCUUUCCGAAUGAUGUCAACAUCGUCUCCUCUGAUCAGCGACCGCGCUCUACCUGGCACGGAUUCGCCAUGACAACAGACAAUGGAUCUAGGCUGCACGCCAUCUGUGUACUCAUUUGGAUACCCCUCAACCCAAAUGCCGCGGAAGAGCUCGAGAAGCGUUGCGAGGAAUGGCGAAAGGACAACAUGACAGACGAAGAGCGUGAGCUGGCUGCAAGCCUAGGCGAACGGUUGGCAUCAGAGCGGGCCAAAUUAUCCCGGCUCCUAGCUCAGCUGCCGACUGUCCCGUCAGGAUCUGAAUCCCGCGAACAGCUCGAAGAUGAUAUCAGCGCCGUGGAGGAGAAGAUUGGGCUAAUGACCGACCUCCUCCGUCCAGUCCGGCACGGCGCAGCCUCCAAGAUCGAGGGUUUGACCGAUGGUGACACUGGGUUCUGGAUCCCCCCCUUCUGGAAGGAAUGGCUCAAGGCCGUCGUGGUGCCCAUGACGGAGGGUAGUGUACAGCACGUGCCUCCACCCUCGCCGCGCAUGGGUAUAUGGCAGCCAUUGGAGCGAUAUGUCAUGAAUCUCUGCACAGAAGCGUUCUGCCCAAUAUCCUCGAAGACUCAGGUUGAGAUUGCGAUCCGUGAGUUACGUUUGUUCGCACGCAAAGAGGCGCCCAAUGAGAUCCCUGGUUCUCGGAAUACCGAUCUCUAUGCCUUAUUCCGGACUUUGUCGGUUCCCAACAUUAUCAUUCUCUUUGAGUACGCUCUUACUGAAUCCCGUAUCAUCUUCUUGUCUUCCCACACCUCCAUGCUCUAUCUGGCAACCAGAGCGUUGGUCGAUCUUUUGUUCCCUCUGGAAUGGACAGGCGUUCUCAUUCCUGUCCUACCGGCACGCUUAAUCCAGGCUCUCGAGGCCCCUUGCCCAUACAUCGUGGGUAUCGAGCGUCGGUAUGAGAAGGUGGAGCUGCCCACGGACGACUUUGUCCUGGUUGAUUUGGACAACAAUAUGAUCGAAAGCACCAUUCAACCGACCUCUCUUCCGCGACAUCAGCGCAGGAAGCUCCUCUCCUUGCUGCAGCUAGCUGCCCCUCAACACAGUCGAUGCCACGUCCCCACCGGGCCUCCCGCAUAUGCCAUCGAGACGUACCCAUGGGACUCGUUCAUGUCAGAGAGCAAGGCCAGUUUCACAUCCAAAGCGCCUGCAACUAAUCUCGCGAAAUAUGUCGGUCUCAACUCUAGUGCAUUCGGUGCAACAGCCGUGAUGCCAGGCUCCUAUACACCCCCGAUCUUCAACGUCUUCCUGCACGCCCGAAAUGAGGGCGGCUCCUCUCGUGGGUACUCAUCUCGCGGUAAUGAGCGUCCCGGGACCAGCUCCACUAUGAGAGCUAGUGCCUCUCCGCCAUCCCCGAGAGAGAGUUCGCCUACCUCUGGCUUCUUCCCUCCUCCACUAGCCCCCUCUCGCAAUGACUCCGGUAUGGCAUUGCAAGCUUCCUUGCGCGAGAAGCGUUCCGGUCAUUUCGAUGCCGCCUCGCGCCGAAGCUCGUCCUUUGGAAUGAGUCGACGUCCAAGUGCUCCGUUCCUGGGUCAUGCUUCGAAUCUCUCAGUGACAACUCUCAACACUGACUACGGUGGCGGAUCCACAUAUGCACCGUCUGUGUAUGCGCAAUCUACCAUCGCUGCGUCCACAAUUGUCCCUCAAUCCACGUACCAGCCCGUCGGCAAUAACGACGAUACUUGCUGGGCCGAGGGUCAUUAUUUCCAAGUCCAACCCUGGGAUGACAAGUUGACCUGUGCCAUAUGUGAUGAACAGGCAGAGGAAAACAUGUACAAGUGCUCUGCAUGCAAACUGAUAGUCCACAGUCGCUGCACCUCUAUGGUGUGUCUGCCGUGUGAUGCAGCGUUCCAUCCGGAUCAAAUUCGUGCGGCGUUUGUCAGAUGCUUUGCUAGCUUGUUCUACACGUACAAGAAGUUCCUUCUGCCAGCCAGUGGUGAUAAGAAGAAGUCCGGCAUGCAUUACAAUUUCAACGUGGAGGCUUUCAUGAAGAGUCUUCCAAGUGAGCAUGCCGAGUAUAUUGCAAUUCUGCAGCAGACUCAGGGCUUCAAUGAGUUCAUCAGUGAUCGUGAGCGAACAAAUCCGAAGUCCAAGGACCCGCGCAUGACCCUGUUCGACGAGAUUGUCCUUUCAAAGCGCAACCGCGGCCGCACAUCCAUUUUCUCCGGACGAUCGACAACAGACUUCCUCUCAGACACCUCGAACCAUCUGUGGCGCACAGCCAACGCUACCUUCUUCGCCCCUAACAGCCGCAGCCAGCAGAAUCUUUCAGCUGACUACGGAAGACUUCCGACAAGAGCGCCGGCACACCUAGAUACCAGCCUGAUGACAGAACCCCGCAUGAUCCACGGUGCACCACGGGUCUCCAAGACGGCAAAUACUGCUCGCAGAAAGCCGCUGCCCAAAAUGAUGAACGGGCUCGCCAUCUCUCCGCCGAGUUAA